CGCAGACAUUAUGUCGACUACUAAACCAGUGUGGGUGGGUAUCCUGGAGCAGCAGCUCAAAGAGAAUCCAAAGGCUCUCGCGUACGCCUUCUCAACCUUGUCCCAGGAUGGCAGUCCCAAAGUCAGACAUGUGAUUCACCGAGGAAUCACUCCCUCGAGCAUUCUGCUCACUACCACAGACACCCGCAUGUCCAAACCAGCCCAGCUCCACCACUCUCCCAAGUUUGAAAUCGCCUGGUGGCUGCCAGAGACUAAUGUCCAGUUCCGCAUCACUGGACAGGCGUAUACAAUCCCCUCUUCUUUCGCACAAGAUGACAAUGCGGGCCAUAUUCUCAGAGAGCUGGGUUUGGAGGGGAAAGAGGAAGCGGCGGCAGAGUGGUGGCAGGGGAAGCGGGAAGAGCUUUGGGAGAACGUCAGUGGCCACUUGAGGGCUGGGUUUGGGAGGCCGGCUCCUGGGACUGAAUUGAAAGACGCCGAAGACUCUAGCAAGUGGCCAGAGACGAUCCCGGCUCAGUCGGACGACGAGAAGGAGAAGGAGCUGGUCAAGACUGCCCUCGAUCACUUUGCAUUGAUCGCCCUCCGACCGACUGGUGUAGAGUUUUUGGAGCUAAAGCCAAUUCCCAAUCGCCGUACUCAAUGGAAGUCACAGGAUGGCAAAGCGUGGACCGAGCUCAAAGUUGUACCAUAG